AUGCCCAAAACAUUACGCUUUAGAGACUUUAUAUGUAUUCAUCUCGUCACAACUCGGUGGUGCGUGUUCUCAUCGCCAUCCACAUCUGGCCUAUUCAAUUCUGUUCAACCCUUUACGACAAUGGGCACUGAACAAGCUUCACAGGAGGCGCCCAAUGCUACCCCCGAAGCGGCAAACCCCACAGCCACCGACGCCGAUAACGCUGAGAGUAUCGACGUCAACCUUGACGAAUGGAAGGGUUUUGAAUACAGCCCUGUAGAAUUCUCACCGGUUCUAACGAUCAAUCUUUCAGACGAAUUUAGACACGUAUUCGGUUUGCUUUACGCCGUCAAGAAAAGCAAAGAGCGUUCCAAGCGCGCUUUAGAUCUCACAUCUCGCGCCAUCAUCCUACAGAAUUCCAGUCCCACAGCGUGGAUGUUACGGCGUGAGGUAGUUGCCACCCUGGCAGAGAACAACCCUGCCCUGUGGGCUAUCGAGCUUGGAUUCACAGCGAAAAUCAUUUCGAAGAAUGAGAAAAACUAUCAGGCAUGGGAGCAUAGACGUUUUGCGGCGGAGUCUGGAAAUCUACUGCAGACGGAGAUUCAGUUUACGGAUGUCGCUCUCAACGGCGACGAGAAAAAUUAUCACGCCUGGUGCCACCGGCACUGGCUCGUCCGAGACCACGGCCUGACGGAGGGCGAGCUCGAUGCAACUGAGUGGUUCAUUCGAACAGACCUCAGAAACAACUCUGCUUGGAAUCACAGAUGGCUUGUUACCGGUCUGGUCGAGGGCGCUCGCAAUGACGAUGAAAUGACAUUUGCCCUUGAGAUCGUCGAGAAAGCACCGAGAAAUGAAGCCGUGUGGAACUACAUACAUGCCAUGGGGAAGAGCGGGCUGAGCAUUGCAGCUGCGAAGGCCAAGGCUGUUGAAUGCCUUGAGGUGGAUGCUGGUUGCAUCCCGGCAAGGAGAUUCCUUGUGCUCAACGCGUCUUCGUCCGAGGCGAGUGAAGUUAGAAAGCAUUGCCAAAUUCUUGCCUCAGGCGUUGAUCCCAUUCGCAAAAAAUAUUGGGAGAUGAAAGCCGCGGAUCCGGGGAGACCUAUCAAAGGAUGA